AGUGCGAGCUGGGGACCCUUCCAGCUUCCCACCAAUAUAGCGGUGCAGAAGAAAGGCACAUCAGGGAGAAAUUCCUCUGCUCUCCCUCCCCGAGCUCCCGCUAACACCUUGGUGGUGGCAUGAAAAUCCGUCUCAGCAUUGCGAGUCGAGAGCAUCUCCCCUGUCCUCCCCUUGCUCCUUCAACCUUUGCUCUUUGUCUUUGUCUCUCUUCACCCUUCCUCCGGUAGCUCUCACUGCUCUGGCCACAGACUUCCUUUAGGUCAGCCCAGCUGCGGCUGCAACACAACUUGCAGCCAAGUCGCAAACACUGUUGUGCCAUUGGGAAUGCCCUGAAGGAGAGAAAUGCCAGCCAGAGGUUGAUGGCCAGCUCAGUCCAGUGAUCUGGGUCUCCAGGAAUGCCAGGGAAUCCUCUUCAGGAGAUGAGAGGUGGCAAGAUAUGGAGUUACAAACAUUGUGUCUGCAAGCUGAGGUGGAAGGAGGCUGCGAAAUGAGGAAGACCACACACUCCUUGUUGGCCCGGAGCUGGCGUCCAGCAGCAGCACCCUUUCCCUUACGGGGAAUAAAGUGCAUCCAUUAAAGUACACCUUGAUGUGCGUGUCCUGAUGGUUUUUGUAUCUUCCCAGACAGUCCAUCCUCGUAACGCUGUGGCUUUUUUGUACCUGUUGGCUGCUUGGCAGCCUCAUCAUGCACCACUCAGUGCAGGGUGCUGCUGCCAUGAAGGACUUGGUUAAGCGCAUGGUGGUAAAGACACACCCAUGUCAGGAGUGCGGUAAAUCCUUCACCAAGAAAGGGAACCUGAAAAGACAUCAACGGAUCCAUACGACAGAGGAGCUUUUCACUUGUGGGGAGUGCGGGAGGCGCUUCACCACCCGGGGACACCUCACAACCCACCAGAGCAUCCACACAGGAGAGAGGCCCUUCUGCUGCGGGGAGUGCGGGCGCUGCUUCCGCCUGGAGAUAUGUCUGGCUGCCCACCAGAAGACACACACCAAGGGUGGUCCCUAUGUCUGUGCCCGCUGCGGUAAGAGCCUGAGCACAAAGAUCUACUUCAACAUCCACAUGAGGACCCACAGGGAGAAGAGGCCAUUUGCCUGCACUGAGUGUGGGAAGAGCUUUGUGAAGAAGGGGACCCUCACUGCCCAUAAGGAGAUCCACAAGAGGGAGAAGCCCUUCAAAUGUCCAGACUGCAGCAGGUGCUUUGGGCAAAGUGCCACGCUGCUGGCCCACCAGAAGAUUCACCUUCGUGGGGGGCCUUUCAUAUGUACUGAGUGCGGGAAGAGCUUGAGCACCAAGCGAUACUUCAACGUUCACCAGAGGAACCAUGCUAAGCAAAAGCCGCUUGAGGGACAUAUCAGUGGUGUGCCUCUCCAGGUCAUCCAGGUUAAAGAGGAGCCUGAUUUUGCCUUCAGGUCAGAGGAGAAUAUGUUGGAGAAUAUGUCCCAUGAAGGAGAUGUAGCCCAGGGAUAUAGCAUACCUAGAAACCCACCUAAUCCAAAAAGUCCUCCUUGGAAAAUCCAGAUGAAGAAGGAACCAGAACCACCCACUGAUGACAUAGCAAAUAUUACUGCAAUAGCCUGCCAGAAACUUUACAUCAAGGAAGAGCCACCAGAAAACCUGGACUAUGGAAAGCUCUUUGAUCCAAAGAUCCCACUGAUGGCUUUACAGGGGAGACAGAUUAAAAAGGAAGAAGAUGCCGAUGGGCAGCAUGAAUGGGAAGAGCCCAUAGCCGUUAACCAUGUACUCCAUGUGAAGGAAGAACCACGGGAAAACAUUGAGUUUGGGAUGCAUUAUGGGCAGAAGCCAAACCUCAGUGCUAUGCAGAGGAUACAAAUUAAAGAAGAACCCAGUGUGGAGACCAGCCACCAGAAGAACCAAAGCCCAAAGAGGAAGCAGAAGAAGUGCUAUUGGCCCACCGAAGAGGGGAUGCUGGACAACUGGGAGAGAUCCAUGCCCAAGAAAGAUCCCUCAGCAAAAGGACCUCUCAAGGGUGAACGGAUAUUCCCCUGUCCUGAGUGUGGGAAGAGUUUCAAUCAGAAAUCAAACCUGACCAGACACAGGAAGAUUCACACGAGCGAGGGGCCAUACAAGUGCAGCGAGUGCGGGGAGUCCUUCCGCAUGAACCGCAAGCUGAUCCGCCACCAGCGGGUCCAUGUGAGCGAGCCUUUCAAAUGCACUGAGUGCGGGAAGAGCUUCACCCAGAGAUCAAAUCUGGUCCGGCAUCAGAGGAUUCACACCAAGGAGGAGCCCUACCAGUGCCCUGAGUGCGAGAAGACCUUCAACCAGAAGGCCAACCUCUUCCGUCACCAAACAAUCCACGUCCGCAUGGGACCCUGCAAGUGCACCAAGUGUGGGAAAUGCUUCCCCCAGAAGCGCAACUUGAUUAAACACCAGCUCCUCCACUCCCGAGGUGGGGCCUACAAGUGUGGGGUCUGUGGGAAGCGCUACCGGCUGAAGAAGUACCUGAGGAGGCACCAGAAAAUCCAUACACGGGAAGGAACUGCUCCCUGUCCGAGACAAGGAGAGACCACAAGGACCAGCAGUGGACCCCGCCACACUGAACAGAGAGCACUGGCCCCCAUGAGGAGUGAAGAGGAGAGCUGAGUGUGUCUAUGGCCUGCUUCUGGGGGAAAGUCUUUUGGGAAAAGGGAGGGAUGGAGACAAACUCUGCUCAUCUCGUGUGGGGUAUCUGGGGGUGGGGAAGUCAACCUGAAGGGACAGUGAGGUUGAGAGAAACCUCUGCAACUUUUCUGGGGACAACCCUCAGGGUGUCACCUGCUCACAGCUCUGGGAUGGGACUGGAGAGUGAAACCUUCUCAGAGCACCGGGAAUGCAGAGAUAAGAGCUUGGCAUCCUUCAUAAUGGUAUGCCUGUGCCUCCAAAGGCUGCUAAGGUUGUAGAUGCCAGAAUUGUCUCGUGUGGGCAAUAUAUAGCCAGAAGAACCAGGUAGGAUUUCUUUUUAUUACGUUACUGUGUUUCUGAGAAAGCUGAAGGGAACCUCUCCUAUCUCCACAAGGUUUUAAAGCAGAGGCCAACUCUCUUCAUCCCUCUCAUAUAGUUCUGAUCCACACCUUGAUCCUACUGGGCUGAUGGACCCUAGUCAACUGAGUGGUACAGAUUUGGGACAAACUACUGCCAGCCAGACCAGGAUUUUAAGAAUUAAUCCUCUAAAACAGACUCUCAGAUUGGCUUAAGCCAGGUCCCUAAAAGUGAGUUAUGUAAAAUCAAUGACUCUUUUUCCAAAGCUAGCCCAGAGGCCAGCGGACCGUAUUCUGGUUUGUACCCCUGCAACCCCACUGCGCAGAUGUAAAUGAGAAUGGCUUUUAGCAUCAGGUUUUACAUCACUGAUGAGCAGGUGGCUUUGCCACAAGUCUCAGAGACAUUGGUGUCUUCACCAGGUUGAGCUGAUACUAGUGCUGGUUCUCAGUCUCAUGCUUCUGUACCUGUUACUGUGAAGCUCUUGAUAAGAUAUUGACUUUAUUUGGCAUGACUUAGGGAAUUCAAACCAAGCAGCAGGAAUAGCCGAAAAAAUCUUCAGACUUUAUGGACUAUAGAACUGGAAAUUACUUCCCUGUUGGGAUGUUUUGCCUUCCUCUCCCUGGUGUAAAGGGCAGCCUACUUCUGUCCUUUCACCUAUGAACUGUAAACAAGUUUAUUGAUAUGAAGCUUUCCCUCAAAUCCCUCUAACCUGGUGGAGAUUCAUUUCUGAGGCAGAAAAGACUGACAUAGAGGGGAAAACAACAAGUUUAGGAUGUUCUGGGUGUGACUAAGGAACACCCCUGUUGGUAAAAUGGGCCUCGGUCAUAUGGUGGGUAGAUGCUUCACUGCAGGACUGGGAAACUCUCACUAGAUGUCUGGCAUUUAUUUUCUUAUAAUUAACCUAGCAUAGGGCCAUAGAGAUCUUUACCAGGAAGAAGAACUAGUAUGAAAGGUUUACCGGUUGUAUUAUUGUGUCCCUGCACAUAGAGAGGGCAGCGAGUCAAUUUCAGUAGUUUUCCUGGUCAUCACUGGUUCUUCCACCAUUGACAAUGGCCAGUGUGGGUGUCCCAGCUUGUGGGGAAAAUCAUGGCUGAUAGUUUUUAAUAUCUUCUCAAUAAAGAAAUUAUUUAAAGAAAAA